UUCUAUACAAUUAUUUUAAUCUUGGUGCUAUGCAGAUACAGAUAUUAAAUAUGUAAAAGUAAGUCGGAAAUGUCGAUGAAAAGUAUUGUUACCAUCGAGAGUCAGGUAAUGUCAUAAGUCUAUGUAUAGACCUCCUAUAGUGUAUCCUCCUGAAAUUAUGUUAUUUUAUUUUACUUCUGGUAGAAUAGAAAUUCUCUCAAGCUACAGUUGAGAAAUGAAUAUUGACAAAAAAUUUUCUUAACUACUAGCAAAGUUACUAACACGUUUAAUAAUUUUCUCACAUAUAAUUAAUAUACAAUAACUAAUAUCCUGAUAUAAUGCAUAUUCUGAGAUUCACAUAUACAAUUGUUACGAUAUCUGGAUGUUGUCGACCACAAUCGUGGACGUCUUUAUUUAAACGGACAGUUUAUAAUAUCUACAGCUUGUAUGUAAUUACCAUGAUAUACACGUUCACAAUAUUACAAAUUAUGGACAUUAUUCUGAAUGUCGACAAUACUGAUGACUUCGCAGACAACCUAAAUAUGAUGAUGACUGUAUUAGCUUCAUGUUUUAAAAUAUUUAUCGCGUGUUUAAAUUAUGACAACAUUGUAGCGUUAAUUAAUUAUCUUACCAAAGAGCCUUUUAAACCAUUAGAUACGAAUGAAAUGAAAAUUCGACAGCAUUAUGAGAAAGUAAUACGGAACAAUACAUUACGGUUCAUAGCUUUAGUCACGGCAACGGGCAUAUGCGUCAUUUCAUCUUCGAUAUUUACUGACUUUAGGCACAAGAAGCUAAAAUAUAGAGAAUGGAUACCAUACAAUUAUUCACAUCACAUGAUAUUUUGCUUUACAUAUAUUCAACAAAUGUUAAGUGUAUGUCACAGCGCUGUUGUACACAUUGCAAUAGAUAGUCUUGUGUGCGGAUUUUUAAUGCAUAUAUGUUGCCAAAUUGAAAUCUUGGAAUAUCGCCUGAAGAAAAUUUUAAGCAAUCAACUUACUGUGGGUUACUGCGUAUGGCAUCAUAAUUUAAUUUUUAAAUAUGCGCAAGUAGUGAAUAUAAGAUUUACAAAAAUAGUUGGACUUCAGUUUAUGACAAGUACAAUGACAAUUUGCUGCAAUUUGUAUCAAUUGAGCCAAUCGCCAUUGAACACAAGUAGUAUUGGAUUAAUUGGAUUAACGUGCUGCAUGUUAACAGAAAUAUUCAUUUAUUGUUGGUUUGGUCACAAAAUGAAAUCAAAGAGCGUUCAACUAGUGGAUAGCAUUUUUCAUAUAAAAUGGUCAACGCUGACUAAUAACGUCAAAAGGAAUCUGUUAAUAAUUAUGAAACGUGCAAUAGUGCCUAUCGAAUUUACUACUGCACAUAUGAUCGGUUUGAAUUUGGAUUCUUUCGUGGCGCUUCUCAAAACGUCAUACUCUGCUUAUAAUUUAUUAGUACGAGUACGAGAAAAGUAAUACAAGUAAAAUGCGUUCUGUUUUGUUACAUAGUUACAUAUAUCUGUAAUUAAAAUAUAAUAAAAAUAAGCUAUUAUGUUGAUAGCAGAUUUAGCCAGUCUAUUUGAAAUCCAUUUUGAAUUUUUUAUAUGCACAUAA